AUGGCAAAUGCCGCAAGGCUGAAAAAAUCUUCACUGGCUACAUUCUACAUUUAUUUGGUGUACUUAGCUUGCUAUUUGCCAAUGGCUUGUGUUGUUCUUGCCAAGAUCAAUAGUAAAACUGCCUUGUAUUUCACAUCGGCGACUCUUGUGUAUCUUAAUUCAUCCCUCAAUCCCUUGAUCUACUGCUGGAAGAUGAGACACAUUCGACAAACUGUUAUGAAUAUACUUCGAACUAUUUUUGCGAUUGGUCCGCAUUAAAGAAACGAUCUAACUCAGAAUAACUUGGCCUUUUUCCCCUCUGGUGAAGAUAAAAGCUUUGCAGCAAUACAGUUGGGAAAAUGACGCUUAAUAUAAAAGGGACCUGAAACCUCUUGUACUUUCUAUUUGAAAGGCAAAGGGAUAAAUAUAUGAUCGAGUAUAAGUUCAUGAGAUUUUAGUUUGCUUUGGAAUAAUUAACAGAUGACGGGAACUCUGAAAUACUACUUAAUAUCAAAGUCAGAAAGNAUAUACGCAGCCGUGAGACACCAGACAAAUCAGAUUCACGUUCAAGUACAACAAGUACAACAAGCGACACAGAAUGAAGAUAUGGCAAAUGCCGCAAGGCUGAAAAAAUCUUCACUGGCUACAUUCUACAUUUAUUUGGUGUACUUAGCUUGCUAUUUGCCAAUGGCUUGUGUUGUUCUUGCCAAGAUCAAUAGUAAAACUGCCUUGUAUUUCACAUCGGCGACUCUUGUGUAUCUUAAUUCAUCCCUCAAUCCCUUGAUCUACUGCUGGAAGAUGAGACACAUUCGACAAACUGUUAUGAAUAUACUUCGAACUAUUUUUGCGAUUGGUCCGCAUUAAAGAAACGAUCUAACUCAGAAUAACUUGGCCUUUUUCCCCUCUGGUGAAGAUAAAAGCUUUGCAGCAAUACAGUUGGGAAAAUGACGCUUAAUAUAAAAGGGACCUGAAACCUCUUGUACUUUCUAUUUGAAAGGCAAAGGGAUAAAUAUAUGAUCGAGUAUAAGUUCAUGAGAUUUUAGUUUGCUUUGGAAUAAUUAACAGAUGACGGGAACUCUGAAAUACUACUUAAUAUCAAAGUCAGAAAGAGGGUACGUGGUCUAGGACGAAUGACGAAUGACUUGAUAAAUAGAGGGCCGAGUUUUCCAAAUUUGCGAUGGUCAGAAAGAUCUGUGUACAGGAAAGGGUCUUAAAAAGUUUACCGUAGAUUAUGUUAACCAUGGUGCAUGUAAUAAAAAAAGAAGACUAACUAAAGAGGAGAGAGAUCAGAAUUUUAUCAAUAAGUCUUUCAUACUGAAUGCACCAAGAGUGGCGAAAAGAUUUACCGAUAUAACAACAGCAACAACAACACAAUAAUAAUGAUAAUAAUAAUAACAAUAAUAAUGAUAAGAAGAACAACACAGCCUAUUUGUUGAGAAAGACGAAAACUAGUAGUUUAUACUGUCGAGAAUAUAUAUUACAAUACUUGUAAUCAAUUCAUGUCAAUAAAGUUCACGUGAAAAAGAACAAAUGUUUUGAAGAAUGGCAAAAAUAUACCAUUUAAUCAGUUUUUUUUUUUUAAUUUGUCGAGUCCAGAAAUUAAACUGUCUAAUAAGAUCACUCCAUUUGAAAGUUUCAGACUGGGAGAGAAAGAGCUGGUUAAGAGGCGAGUCCAAAAAAGUAAUUAUAGUAACCAAUGAUGUACAAAAGAACAACGGCAUUAACAACGUGCAAAUAAAUAAAAAUACAAAAUUGUAAUCUUUCCACGAUUCUUAAACUAAAAUGCGUUUUCUCCUACACAUUGUUUUUCCUGUUCGGUGGUUACGAGAGCUCUUUCAUAAUCAUGAAAGUUUCCCCACAAUUUCUGUUUCAAGGGAGGGAGGGAAGGAGGAAGGGAGGGAGGAAAAGUAUGCUCUUGUCAUAUAGAAACUUUUAACCGCAAAGAAAAACACAGGACAUGCACACUACAUACACACUUAAGUUUAUUUUUUUGGUCCACAAUGUAAACUUCUGGGUCCACCUGAGUAAAUGUACCAGCCAAUAAAGUCUAAUUUUUUUACUACGUACAUUAAGCAAAAGCUAUUCGAGUCAGGCAGUGUAAGGAGGUUAAUUACUGUUACGUUUUAUCCAAAAACCCAUUUUACCGCUGCCUUACAUAUACUUGUAUAAGGAAAACAGAAAAAAAUAAUUGUUUAUUUACUACGCAUUAAACUACGCGCAAUGAUGAAUUUCUUUAUUUAAUAUUAAACCGAAGAAAGUGGAACAAAUAACGACCCACUGGUUUUAUUAGCUACCUCAGAUGAGUUUGAUUACAACGAACUAUUAACUUAAUGAAGCACAAGUAUAUUGUUUUCUGAUCAAUUGUGACUGGUUAAACUUUGACACUCAAGACAGCAUGAUUUGUUAACUAACUACCUACUGUGUCUUUGUUUUAACACCCUAGCUAGUAAGCUUUUUUAUGGAUAAUACGUUUCUUCUCUUAACUCCUCAGACUCGUCGUAAAUCGUAGUUUAUCAAAAGAUGUGCCUAUUUUUUGCUUGGGUCCAGGAAAAACGAAACGUUGGAUUGGUCUCCGACCUGAUAGUUGCCUUUUCCUCUAAACCAUUGUUAAACUCUUUCUUAGCGAUUCAUUGCAACCAGCUGCCGUUUCUACUUUAAUAUUGCGUCAGUAGUUUCAAUAUCUUUCUUUUUGACUGACGAACUCCAACACUUAGAAUGCUCAACCUAUCACGUUUCGCUUAAAAUGACAAUGAAUUCAAAUUAAUUUUGUGAUGAGGAAGUCAUAUUCAAAUUCUUAAUUCCAGGCUCUGUUAAAAAUAUACAGUUUUAAUUUCAAGCAAGUGAAUAUUUCAGAUGUUAUGAGAGCGACUUGGGGGACUUGUUUAUACUGUUGUCGCAGACUCAACAGUUCGCACUUUAAUCCAAUUUUCAUUGGAGAAAAAAUAGUGGAACACUAAGAACUCUUGGGGAUUGUUCAGUUAGUCUCGAGAAUUUCAGUCCCAUCCAAAACAAAAAAAAAGACACCUGCAGAACUCUUCAAAAGUUCUCUACAAAAACAGAAACUUAAGACUUAAAGCACUGAAACAGAAACUAAAAGUACUGUUAAUGCAAUGACGGAAACUAGAGGUUUGUAUCCGACACUCGUCGCUAACUGCAUCGUUAACGCUUUUUUGUCUUACACCGCCACCGUGUUGAACAUUGUAACAACACAAGCGCUCAGAAAAACGUCGUCACUGGCAAGGCCUUUAAAGACACUGCUCCUUAGUCUGACGGUUUCGGAUCUUGGUGUUGGCCUACUUGUUCAACCACUCUACAUUGCACUACUCGUGGCGUUCAUAACUGAACCAAAUACUAGCAAUAGUACUCAUGUUACAUCCCUAUUUAUUGUGUUCGUGGCCAUCGCUAAUUUAUUAGGUUGCGCUUCGUUCUUUGGUGUUGUUGCUUUAGCCGUUGACAGAUACUUAGCUAUUCGUCUUCAUCUCAGAUACCAGGAACUUGUUACGCACAAGCGUGUUGUUGUUGCCGUGAUCUUAAUAUGGGUGUUAAGUGCAGCUACUUUCUUCCUGUUUUUGAUUUCGAUAAACGUUCGUUUCAUUUUUUCCACAACUACUGGAGCUUUAAUAUUUGCAACUGCAGGAUUGCUUUAUUGCAAGAUAUAUGCAGCCGUACGACACCACACAAACCAGAUCAACGCGCUGCAAGUACAACAAGUGGCACAGAAUGGAGAAAUGGCGAUGGCAGCGAGGCAGAGAAAAACGGCAGUUGCUACAUUCUUCGUGUAUGUCGUGUUUUUAGCGUGUUAUUUGCCACUGUCCAGUAUUUUUAUUACCUUAAUGUUUAAUCACUAUGAAUCUGUGUCAUGGUGGCAUUUGUUAUUUUACUCUUUGACAUUGGCGUUUCUCAAUUCAUCCCUGAAUCCUCUGAUCUACUGCUAG